AUGCUGCAGAUAUGCCGCGCGGAGGACGGUCAGGCAUUUCAGGUGAACGCUACUCUCCGAGACAUUGAGAGGGUAGGGAGUAUCGAACUCUUCUUACAGCAGGAGACCGGAGUUCCUCAAGAGGCUGUACUCGCGUAUCUCUCCGAUGGACGACGGUUGACGAAUGUGAAUAUAAGGGAGCUUGCCGGUGCUCAUGAUCAGUCCAUCUAUGUAUUCAAUAAAGUCUAUUUGGACUUUGAUAUUAAUGAAGUACUACGCGACCUCCGGGUAGAACCAGCAUUCCAGCCCCCAAUUGAAGAGAGUAUAGCCGCAACCCCUCCCUUCAAGGCUUCUGAAUUGGCUGCUUCAUACCUCGCAGCGGCUCACUCGCAUCAUGAGACCGUCAAGUAUCUCCAUGCAACCAUGCAUCACCAACACGAAGCUGUCCAGAUUGCAUCGAACAGUUUGGACCUGAACGUUCUCGCUAUUGUUGAUACGUAUGACGGGCUUUCCUCGGGGUUCAAGAAGGAGCUAGACAAACAAGCGGCACUACUCGCAGGAUUGGAGGCGGACUUGGAUAUUAUCAGCCGUGUACGGAUACAUACGGAGUUCGUGUCGCCUGCGGUACGGAAGGCAAUGGAAGCGGGCGAUAAGCCUCGCACGCUGGGAGAUUACGUUUCGAAUGCAAAGAUGAAGCAGGUGGCGGAAACGUGUGCGAGGACGCAUGAUGAGCUUCGCCUGCGAUUUGAGCAAGUGAAUGAAGCGGUCGGUAAGCUUAAAGAUGGUACGGCAAGUGUGCGAGCAGCAGUGGCUUCGACCCAAACACUGGACGAGGCCGAUGGAUGCUCGCGGCGAUCUCGAGACAUCUUCGAGAAGAUUACGGACGGAGCUACAGCGUUGGAAGGACGUGCACUCAAUUCUGAUGACAGAUUACAAGAACUUAAGCAAUUGGAUCUUACUCUUCGGGAUCAGCUGCAAUACAUUGUGGAUGCCAAGAACACAUUUACACAUCAAUGCAUAAGUAUAACGCGGUCAAUCAGUCUCUUGAAUACCGAUAUGCAGCAGAUACCCGCAAGUUUGCAGGCCUUAUCAAAUAGCUUUCGGGGUAGAAACAGUUUUUCACACAUCCAACGUUUGCACAAUAUGCUUUAUGCAUAUGGUGCUACCGUUAUUGAAAUCGUGAGGCGGAAAGAGUUCUCCAGGUUCUUCUAUCAACGAGCUCAAAGCAUUCUGGAAGUCAUGGCGAAACUAUCCGCGAAUGAACGGAAACGUCGUCAAGUAUACCGUGGAGAAGUUCAUGGUCAACUGCCAUUCGAAACGCGGGGUAUGGAUGACCCUGUGCCAACCAUUGAUUUUUCUCCUUCCGGAAAUUCAGAUGCAGCCUAUUCUAUUGAACGGUCCGAUGUUGAUGGCCUUCUUCACGUACUCGAUGAUCUAGAGCAGGCGUCCCGCAACGGAAACGAUCCUGAAGCACUUUCUGCUGUACGGGAGUGUAGAACUGGGCUGGAGAGAUUAGUCGUGAAAAUGGACAGCUUGGAAUCUGGUUUCGAUAAGAUUGCCGAAAGGUCGUUACUUUCUGCGUCUCGGAUAUCUCAUUCUCGUCGGAGAUCCAUAGAAGCUGACGAACACGCAUACAAUGAAGUGGUUGAUCAGCUUCGGGCUGUUCAGGAAACCAAGAAUCAUCAAGAGUCGCUGUUUCAGGAGGAGCGACUCGGGCUCAAGGGAGAGAUUCAGCGCUUGCAAUCUACAUUGCAAGUCACUGCCUCCAAUGCAUCCGAGGAACGCGACCGAGCCGACAGACUGGAACGUGAACUCCAUCAAGCCCGAGCACAGAUUGAGAACGAAACCAGGGCCCGUCGCAUUACCGAGGAGCGGAACGCAGAUUUGAUUAGAGACGUGGAUGGUAAAGGGUCAGAGCUGGGUCGAGCAUUAGCUGAGGCGACAAACCAGGCCAAAGCAGCCGAGGUUCUACGACAGCAGCUUGCUCACGCUCGGAGCGAAGCGGAGGAUAUCAAGACGUUGGAGGCGAGAAACUCGGAAAAACUUGCCGCAUUGAUUGAAGACCAAGCUACUAAUCUGCGUUUGCUGGAAGAAGCUCGUGCGCGCGGAGAGGAUUUGGAGCAUCAGAUUCAAGCCGCGCGGACGGAGAGCCAGGAGAUGAACAGAGCAUUGAGGGAAGCUAGCCAAGAAAAAGAUAGGCUCUUACGAGCUCAGGCGUCUGAUCACGAUCGGCUGCUGCGUGAUCAUAUUGCGGAGGCCGAUGGGGACCGUGCCGUAUUAGAGCAUCGCCAGGCUGAGCUGCUGCUGGAGAAAGACGAGCUCCUGAGACAGUUGAAAGAUGUAAAGUCUGAUCUGGAGAUUGCCUAUUCCGACGCGGUCGGUUUGCGCGAAGCCCUUCAACGGACGGAGCACGAACUCAGGGAGGCGAGGCACGCUGAACGAGUAGUUCGGGAAGAUCUGAGAGCAGGUCUAGCCUCCCAAUCUGACUACGAGCACAGACUAGAGACAAGUGAUCGUUUGGUUGCCCAGAUACUUGACGUUGCAUUAGCCUUCCGGGCGGCCCAUGUCAAAGCUAUGGCUUCCGCACAAGCGAUGACUUCCCAUCCGGGCUCGGGUUCAAAACAUUCGACUGCAGGUUUGGGUGAAUCAAUCUUUUCUCCCGGACUACGGCAUAACAUUGUAGGACAACUAGAUGAACCGUCACCCAUCGAUCCUUCGGAUCCUGCAGCAGCUUUGGAAGCGCUACGAGCAUUCGAUCAUGAUCAUUUUCUGGAAGCCAUAACAAAGGUCGGUUCGACGAUCCGGAAGUGGCAGAAGCAGUGUAAAGAGUACAGAGAGCGGGCGAAGGGAAGGAUUUCUUUCCGAAACUUUGCAAAAGGGGACCUUGCCCUCUUCCUCCCCACGAGAAAUUCGAUAUCUAAACCUUGGGCUGCAUUCAACGUAUUCUUUCCGCAUUAUUUCCUUCAAGCUUACGGCCAUCUUGCUGAGCAAUUGAAAACGAGAGAAUGGAUCGUUGCGCGUAUUACCUCCAUUACCGAACGCGUCGUUGAUCAUAAUGACCCGACCAGUAAUCCGUAUGGUCUCAGUGACGGCGUCAAGUACUACAUGUUGCAGGUUGAGGAUUGGACACAACCUGCGCAACAGAAUCGUCGUCGUUCCUCCGCUGCGAAGUCAAUGAAAGAGCCUGACAGUCUUCAACAGCCUACGGCUCUUACUAAUGGUAGUGCUCCCACAUUACCACCAGCUCCGCCUGAAGCUGAAGUCGAAGACACCUUUCAAGUGACACAUCCUCCGACGUCGCGUCUCUUUCCCUUACGCACUCGUGCCAACUCUUCUCCAUCCACCCGGCCUUCGUCUCUUUCGCGUCUUCUUGCUCAAGCUUCUCAGGAUCCGCGACCCGAAGAGACACCGUCGCCGCCAUCUCCUCCACCACCACCACCAGUUCGCACACCGUCACCAGUGGCUCAAUCUCCCCAAUCUCCUGCUCCUCUCUCUUCACCCACUCAACCCGUAGGAUCCAUACCACAUCACGCUGCUAUGCUUCCUUCUCCAUUACGUCCUGGAUCAAGGGCUUCCAAGACGUCAUCAACUUCAAGGUUUUCUGUGGGCCGAAUGCCAGCGUUGGGGUCUGUAUCAUCAUCGCUGGGUGCAAAAGCCACCGCCACUACUGCGAUAUCGGACGAACCCAUAGCGUCAUCACCUUCUGCCGAGAGCCAGUUUGAAGGGGUAACCUCCGUCCCUUCACCGGACGAUUCUAUCUCGAAUGGGAUGAGCAAUAUGCUGAACAUUCGUAGAAGGACAACAUCAUAUCACCGCCCCUCUGCUAGAGCUGCUUCGGAGAGCUCGACGUCAAACACUGUUACGGAGGGUGUUUCUUCGCGCCCCGUGACCACGGCCAGUAGUGCUCUUGCGAACCUCGCUAGUAGUUGGGGUGUUUCGUUCGGUCGGAAGAAGAAGGCUGCGAUGAGCCGCCUUUCAACAACAGAAGAGUCUCGACCAGCUUCGCCGUCGCUGGAUCGGCCUCCCGAUACGUCAGCCGGUGAUGCUCUCCAGCCGAUAUGA